CUUCGCUAUAAAUAUGUUUAAAAAACCAAACCGGUCAUUGGUGGUAGAGUGAGAGUUGACAUAACAACAAUGUGUAGGUUACUAUCGCGUUCGGCACAAUUCCUAGCAUGGAUUGUUUGGAUACAGUGCGUUUCUGCGUUCGGCCAAGUCAAGCAUUUGCUCUGUCGCAUCGACAGCCCAUCAAAAGUUAGAGACUGUAGUGUGUUGAAAGAUUGUAUUUAUCGUGUCUAUCCACCAGAAGCAUUCAGAAAUUCAGAAGAUCUUGCAUGGAUGAAGGGAUGCAAUGGCUUGAAUAAUUUGUUAUCCGCCUAUAGUGGUGAGAUGGGUUGUAAAUAUUUUGCAAAAUUAAUUAGUACUAGUCAAGGAAGGGAGGAUUUUGUGACCAUUGUUGAACGACAAUUGAUGAAAAGUUCUUUUCGUGGCUUGGACCUGAGAUGUGAUCCAACAGUAUACGGUGCAAUUCAGAUACAUUUCAAUAGUUGUUUACGUUUACUCCGUAAACGUCUAAGAGAUGGUUACAUAAUCGUGGUGCAUAUUGAAAACACUGUUCUAGACCCGAUGCUAAUAGACACUCUCAACACUGAGGUUGAUCUUGUAAGUUGUUCACCGCAGAACUAUAACUUCUUCCAAGGAUCAAAUAUCGUGCCGGAAUUGAUUUCCCGAGGAUGCGAUCCACAAAAGAUAAUCGUCGAUAUACCCUUUCCUACUAUUACCUGCCCGCUUAACAUCGAACAACUUCUUUCAGCUACGAACUCCAUAAAAAAAUCAAACCUUUUUGGUGUUGUGGCCCAAAUAGAUCGUGACGAUGUGAGCAAUGCUUGUGGGAACGGAACUUUCCCAUUGCUUAGAAGACUGUCAACUUCGCUCACUGGUUAUCAUUCUUGUGAAUUUGAAGGAUUCAAGCCAGACCCGAGAAAUCGAUCCCGGUUUUACAGUUGUUUUGAUGGAGUUCUAAAUCUGCAUCAGUGUCCACGGGGUCAACUGUUCGACCCAGUAAAUAACACGUGCAUCGCCUUUGUCAGGGUUAACUGCAAUGCGGAAAGUUGUUCGAUUCUGGGCCCUGUUCACAUCACAAACGAUACGAACUUUGUCCCGAUUAUGAUCCCCGUACCGAAACCUUGUCAAUAGAAACCCACUAGAAAUAGUGCUGCUGGAUUCAAACUGCCUAAAUCAAUCGACGGAUCAACGGUAUUGGAGAAUGGAUUGCCACAAGUUGUCGGGUAGAACAUACGACUGCCAUAUCAUUACAUUCGCAACAUAUGUUACUUACAGA